AUGUCUUUCGGACUCACUAAUGCCCCUACGGCAUUCAUGGAUCUCAUGAAUCGAGUUCAUAAGGAAUUUUUGGACCUAUUUGUGAUCGUAUUUAUUAACGACAUUUUAAUUUACUCCAAGACAGAAGAACAACAAGAGGGACAUCUGCGACGGGUCCUUACUGCCUUGAGGGGGAAUAGCUUGUAUGUGAAGUUCUCAAAAUGCGAGUUUUGGUUGGAUAAGGUGGCUUUCCUUGGCCACAUAGUCACCAGGGAAGGUAUUGCCGUGGACCCGGCAAAAGUAGAGGCGGUCAGUGGUUGGCCAAGGCCUCCCACAGUGACCGAAAUCCGUAGUUUUCUUGGGCUAGCUGGCUAUUACAGAUGGUUCGUCCAAGAUUUCUCCUGGUUGGCGGCGCCCUUGACUCAGUUGACCCGUAAGAAUGCCACAUUCGCUUGGAGCGAUGGGUGCGAGAAGAGUUUUCAGGAAUUAAGAAGCGUUUGGUCACGGCCCCGGCAGAGGAGGUGGUUAGAACUGGUAAAGGACUAUGACUGUGAGAUCAACUACCAUCCGGGCAAGGCAAACGUGGUGACCGAUGCACUCAGUUGGAGGGCAAUGAGCAUGGCACCUCCGACAGUGCCUCGUAGACCAGUACUAGACGAGUUGGAUCGUUCUGAGGUGGAGUUAGCAGUGGUAGAUGUCUCGGCAGUGUUAGCUCGACUCUCGGUUGAACUCACUUUAAGACAGCAGGUCAUCGCUGCAGAGAAGGGAGACCCCAGCCUGAGCAAGGGUUUUGGUAUAGUGGGCCAAGGGGAUUUUUCUCUUUCUAGAGAUACGGCCCUGCUUUAUCAGGGGAGACUGUGUGUACCAAGAGACUUCUCUUUAAGGAAGGACUUAUUAACCGAGGCUCAUAGUACCCCGUUCUCGGUGCAUCCUGGGAGCACCAAAAUGUACAGGGAUCUUAAGAAGCACUACUGGUGGCACAACAUGAAGCGCGAAAUUGCCCAAUUUAUUAGUAAAUGUCUGACGUGUCAACAAGUGAAAGCCUCAAGACAGAGACAUGCCGGGUUGCUGCAACCUCUGAGUGUACUUAUUUUGGAGGAUAUGUUGAGGGCUUGCGUACUGGACUUCGGUGGUUCUUGGGAAAAAUACCUGUUCUUAACUGAGUUUGCCUACAACAACAGUUAUCAGUCGACCAUUGCCAUGGCCCCAUAUGAAGCUUUGUAUGGGAGGAAGUGUAGGUCGCCGGUUCAUUGGGACGAGGUCGGUGAGAGGGCCCUGUUGGGACCAGAGUUGGUGUAG